CAACUUCUGUUCUCCUGAACUUUAACUCCACUUCCUGUAAAUACGGAACUCAGUGAUAUGUCCUGGACCUCGGACCACAAGAGUUUUGUUGUUCUGAAGAAAUCAAUCUUCCAUUCCUUAAAAUCAACUCACCUACAAAUUGACCAUGACCAACCCACGGAUGCUAAAAGAACUGACCGAUCUCAAAAACUCGAGAUUUGGUCGACCGUAUCCGAGACACGGCCUCAAGCUGCUGUACUGGUUUGCGAACGACUUUAUGUUUUUUAACAACAACAAUAAGAUGUGCUGCAAGUACAGUCCAAAAAAUUAUUUUUAUGGCUUUCAUCGAUUUAAUAACCGACGCGACAAAAACGGCGUUAAACUCCUGCCUGAAGCCAACCUGAGAUACUACGUGGUAGGCAACCUGAACAGCGAAGGAGCAGACGAGCUGCCUGAUUACGUCCGGGAAGAUUACGGUGGCUUUAAAAAUGGUAACAACAUGGACCGUAUCAUAGUGUGUGUGGAUGAUCAGUUCAUCGAAAGUGUCUAUGUGACCGAACACAGUGAUCGGACAGAUUUCGACAAAGAAGCCACCUUUUUUAUCAGCAAGGAGCUCUUGAUGAUUAUCAGGGAGAUGACCUUUGAGGAAUUUCUCUCAAAAGCUGGGUAUUCAAGACCAGGACUGGACUGCGGUCAGAAAACUGGGGUUUCAAGACCACAAGUGAGCACGGUUCAAAGUUCUGUGGAAGAAGAAAUCAACAGUUUUUGGGAUGAUAAUGAAACCACAAAGUGCUGCAGAUGCGUCAUACUUUAGACACGAGUGUGUAGGUGACGCAUCGUUACACAAACUUUACAUGAAUUUAAACCACAUGAUUUCUGUCGGUUCUAAAAAAUUCUACAACAGCUAAUUUAUUUGUGUUAUUUAAAUCUCUGGAAAUAAUCGCAACUGUGAGCUGCAUUACAACACUGCUGAUGUACGCAGUGUAGAAACUAGCUAUCGAUGCAAUGACUGAUGUUUCAAGCCUUCUCGUAUCACCGCACUAUUUUUUUGUAUCAAUUAUAAAAUUAUUUUUUAUGUAUAACAUUUUUGUCCCUGCUUUCAUAAAGACCUUCCUCUUAUCAUCUGCCACUGCUAUAAAAUGUGUUACUUGUACCACAGCGCUGUUUAAUUCUGGACUGUGAUUGGUCAGAAGUUACCAUUAUUAAUACCAUGAUUCAUUUUUGUUAACAAAUCUCAGGUUUAUAUCAGGAUGUUCACAGGGACUUAUAUGAAGGACAUUACCUUUAAUCU